UAUGCAAAUUUUUUAUUACAUAUAUGUAAGUAUGCAGAUUACAUUAAUAUGCAAAUUGCAUACUGAUAAUGUAGAACUAUUUUUACCUGUCAAAAUCAUGUUGUAAAUUUUGUAUAUGUUAUUUUGUACCACAUACAUGUACAUGUACAGAGUUGAAUACAGCUGAAAUUAAAACUUUUGCAAUUUGUGAUGGGUCUUUCACUAUAUAUUGCCUGGACUAAUAGUUUAAUUUGUCUGCACUGCAAUUAUUUUAUAAGUUGAAUGACUUAAAACAAUUUUAGUGACCAGGUUUUGUUAAUUAUGCUGUGUUCUUUCCGAAAAAUUACUGUUUACACAAAUCUUUUUUUUUUUUAAAUGGCAUGGGUAUACAUGUAACUACCUGUACAUGUAUAUUGUAUUUGACCAUUUGCUGACAUUAAUGUUGGUUUUACUGUUGCAAAUGUCCAUUUUACUCUUUGCUUCGUGUCACCAGUAAAAGUCAAAUUGUGACCAUAAAACCAGCAUUAUGACAUCUGCAAAUGGUCAAACACAACAUACAUGUAGUUAUCCCUUAAUUACAAACUACCUCAUAGGUAUUUAAUUUCUUUUAUUUCAUGUUCCUCUCCUAUCAUGAAAUGGACAAUUGAAAUUGAUUAGUAUACCGCUUUGCACUGGGCGGCCAAGAAUGGCAAACCUGAAGUCAUCAAACUGAUUGCAUCAAAACCUGGUGUCAACGUUAAUCACAAGUCUCAUGGGGGUUACACAGCUCUCCACAUGGCAGCUAUACAUGGCCACGAAGACAUCAUUGAGCUGCUCAUACAGGGAUACAAGGCCGAUGCUAACAUGCGAGAUUUCAGUGGUAAGAAGGCGAAACAGUACCUGAAGAACUCUGCGUCAUCGAGGACACAACAGCUUUUAUUAUCAAGAAGGAUGACCUCAAAUGUUGGAUCAGGCCGAUCGCUGGAUGACUCGUUCUUGAGGAGCACGUCCAUGAGGAAGAGCAAUCGAGCGCGUGCGAUAUCGUCCAUGCUUCAGGCCUCAUCGUCACACUACAUCCGGCAGCCGGUCUUCAGCUGGUCGGGGGGAUCCACAGAGGACCUUCGCAAGACCCCAGACUCAACACCUCCCGGGAGUAGAGGCAAUUCACCUGCGACAAGAAAACUUGCAUCUCAGUCGUUUUCUCACCACGACCAAAAAAUGAUGCCACCUCCACCACAUGCCCCAGCCCGAAGAAAGAAGGGUUUCUCCUCUAGCAGUCAGGAAACUUUGGACACCCUCAAUGAAUUUGACACAGGCUGUACAAUGUCUAAAUCUGGAUCAGAUCCAUCACUGGUGGCAAAGAAGCAGACAUUCAUUUGAUCUGUUUUAAUAUUCAGAUAACCGGCCUCGGUGGCACAGUGGUUAAGCCAUUAGACUACAGGCUGGUAGGUACAGGGUUCGCAGCCCAGUACCAGCUCCAACCCAGUGUGAGUUCUUAAGGGCUCAGUGGGUAGGUGUAAGGCCACUACACCCUCUUCUCUCUCACUAACCACUAACCAACUAACCCACUGUCCUGGACAGACAGCUGAGGUGUGUGCCCAGGAAAACAUGUUUGAACUGUAAUUCGAUAUAAGCACAAAAAUAAGUUGAAAUGGAAAAAAGAAGAAAUGCAGAUAAAUACAUGUACAGUGAUAUGCUUCAUUCUGCCAAGCUACAUGAUGUGUCCUACUUACAAACUCUCAGAUGACAUGCAAUGCUCCCUCUCUUAACUUCAUUUCAUUUAUAUUUAUGAUAAUGCUUAUAUCCAAUUAAGGUUCAAGCACACUGUCCUGGGCACAAACCUCAGCUAUCUGUCCAACACAGAGGGUUAGAUGUUAGUGGUUAGCGAGCGAGAUGUCGGUAUAGUGUUCUUACACUUUAAAACUUGCUCUGGGUGGGAGCCAGUACUGUGAGGCAAACCCAGUACCUGCUAGCCUUAUGUUCGAUGACUUAAUCAGGGUAUGACAAAUGUUUUAAGAAAGUCACUAGCCACAGGGCUAGUGGGUUUGUAAAUUCCACUAGCCCACCAAAAUAAAGCACUAGCCCAAAUUUCUGAUAAAUUACAACACACUUAAUAUAGGGCUGAAAAACAAGGAACCUAUAAUACCUAAAAAAAAUGGCUGACCUGUUUUCUUCUCUUAUUUUUUUAUAUACAUGAGUAUAAUUUUUUUUUAGUAUUAAUAGUAUUAGUAUUAUUUAGUGAAAAUUUAUCUCAACCGUAAUCACUAUGUCACCAAGACUGGUCUCCCACUCUUUUGUUCAUACAUGUAAAUCAGUCUACAUUUCAAAAUGGUUUUCAUCUUAGACUGAGAAUUGAAAACCUGCUUAUUCAUAAAAUAAUAUUUAAUGAGUUAUGCGAAACAAAUUCAAGUAAGCCAUUUCAUAAAUACAUGUACAGUGAUAUGCUUCAUUCUGCCAAGCUACAUGAUGUGGUAAUGCUGGUUACGAUAAUGUAAAUUAUGUCCUAAUUUUAAUUUGCGAAAAAAAAGAAGUUACUUUACUCUUUCAAGAGUAUUGUUGAGCUACAUGUAAAUGUUUUAGUUAUAAAAAAAAAGUAUAAUUUUGAUUACAUAAUUGUUGAAUCGCCCCUAAUGUCCAGGGAUGUCAAAUGGUCAUCGCUUUCCUCUAGGUAUACAGACAGUACAAUAAAGUACUCCUAUAAUGAACCACAAGGGAUCAUGAUAGUUAGUUCAUUAUAGCAGACGUUUGUUGUACACAGUUGCAUACGUUGGUUAUUAAUGUAUAGGGAGAUAAAACAGGAUUUUACAAUCAGUUCGUUCUAUGCAGUAGUUCGUUAUAAGUGUACUUUACUGUAUUUCCUAUUCCGUUGGUCAUUAGUUAUGGGCUUUUUUAACUGCCACACAUCUACAUAUAACUGAUAAUGUAAAAAGUGUAAUUUAUGCAGAUUUCUGGCUUUCUCGUUAUUAUGUAACAUACAUGUACAUUAUACAUUGACAUGACCAUUGUGAUAGAGUUACAGUAACGAUGUAAUUAGAUUUAGGCCACAAUGAGAUUUAUCAAUUAUUUUUACAACCGCACCACUUCCACACACAUCUGUUGUCUGUCAUAUUCAGUAAAUGAUUGCAGUUGUAUUUACUGAAGAAAAACAAACGUGUAUGUACAUGUAGGUUAAUAGGUAUGUUGUUGAAUGAACAUUUAUUUUAGGAAAAUGUUGAUCACAUUUGUACAUGUAUUUGAAUAUUUUUAUUACAAAAUAUUAAUAAUAGCAGGCAUGUGUGUGGGGGGGGGGGGGGGGGGUAGGGAUCGUUGUGGUGUUGGGUUCCAUACAGUAUAAAAUCUGCACAAACUGAUAUCUUGACAUUUGAAUAUAAUGGUGGAAUCAAUUUUCAUGCAGGUCUAAUUCUUUGACAAAUUUUUUGAUACUCACCAAGUCCAUUGCAUUUGAUGUUAAUAUGGUGCAAUCAACAUUUCUCUUUCUUUCUUUUUUUUCAAAAUCAGCAGGGAAACAGUAUGUUAUCAUAUUCAUAAUUGAUAUAUAUUUGGGUUGCAUACAUUUUAACUGACAAAUAAUAGGAAUUUUGUUUGUGACUUCCAACCAUAUAUACCACACUUGAAAAUAAAGUUUACAGUAUGUUCAUAUGUGUACAGUUACUUUUAAUAAAAAGAUGUGAUGUUUGUAGUUGUUCAAACAGACGACAGAUAAUUUGUGCUGAUAAAAUAUAAUUGAUAAAUCUGUUCCCAGACUUAGUAUCUUGUUAUAUGGUUUAUGCUAAUGAUUUGGUAUGUCUGUGUUAUAUAUGUAUUUGUGUAUACAUAUAUAGAUAUAUAUUAUAUAUAUGUGUGUGCACGUGCAUGUGUGUGUGCGUGUGUGUGUGUGUGUGUGUGUGAACUAAAUUGUAUAAAGGAAAAACAUAUACUGUGGGAAAAAAAACAUUUGUAUUAUUUUGGCAAUAAAUUGUAUUUCUGCUA